AUGACCAAUUUUAACAUUAAGAUCAUCUCGGACAACGUCUGCCCCUGGUGCUACGUCGGCAAGCGCCGCCUCGACAAGGCCAUCGCCCUCUACCAGAAGACGGUCCCCGCCGGCAAGGACGACACCUUCACCGUCACCUGGUCCCCCUUCUACCUGGACCCGACGUCGCCCAAGCAGGGCGUGCCGCUGCGCGAGCGCAUGGCCCAGCGCUUCGGCCCCGGCCGCUUCGACGCCAUGUCGGCGCGCCUCGCCCAGAUCGGCGCCGGCGAGGGCAUCCACUUUUCCUUCGACAGCCGCGUCGGCAACACGCGCGACUCGCACCGCGUCGUCGCGCUGGCCCAGGCCAAGGGCCCCGAGACGCAGAACCGCGUCGUCGCCGAGAUCAUGCGCAGCUACUUCGAGGAGGACGGCGACAUUACGAGCAAGGACAUGCUCGUGCAGGCGGCCGUCAAGGGCGGGCUCGAGGCCGGCGAGGUCAGGGCCUGGCUCGAGAGCGACCAGGGCGGCGCCCAGGUCGACCGCGAGGUCCAGGAGGCGUAUGCCCUCGGCGUCAGCGGCGUGCCGCACUUUGUCGUCGACGGGCAGCAGCUCGGCGGCGCGCAGGACGUCGAGGCGUUCGUCGAGGCGUUUGCCAACAUGAAGGAGAAGAGGGCGUAG